UUCUUCUUCUCCAAACCCAAAUUUCCGUUGAAGGGUCGCCAUUACUGACUCUUCUCAUUCCCAAUUUCCUCUUCAAUAAAAAAUCUGAGCCUAAUUUCCUCUCAGAUCCAAAUCCACCAUGGCCAAGCUCCUCCCCUCUUUUUUCCUCCUCACUCUCUUCGCCGCCUUCUCUCUCUCCUCCGCCGAGAUCCGAACCUCCUCCGUCCGCAGCGACUGGCGACCCAUCAUCCCCUUCGACGAGUUCGGCUUCACCCACAAAGGCCGCCUCGAGCUCAACGUCUUCAAAAUCUCCUUCUCCCAGCAACCCGGUCCGGAUCCGGAUCUCUCCCGGGUCGGGUUCUUCCUCUGCACCCGCGACUCAUGGAUCCACGUCGUCCAGGAGCUCGAGGAUCGCGAGAUCGGCUGCGCUCUCAAGUCCGAUCUCGUCAAACGCGUCUACACCUUCGACCAGCUCAAAGACUCCGACAACUUCUCCACCGUCUUCCACGAGUCCGACGCCGAUCAGUACACCCUCCUCUUCGCCAACUGCCUCCAGCCCCUCCGGGUCUCCAUGGACGUCAAAUCCGUCAUGUACAAUCUCGAAGGAAACGACCGCAGGGAUUAUCUCUCCGCCGGUAAAACCAUUCUCCCGAGAAUUUACUUCGUUUUCUCACUCGCCUAUAUCGUUCUCGUCGCCCUGUGGAUUUCCGUGCUCUAUAAAAAACGACUCACCGUUUUCCGGAUUCAUUUCUUCAUGCUCGCCGUUCUGGUCCUCAAGACUCUCAACCUCCUCUGCGAGGCUGAGGACAAGUCGUACAUCAAGCGCACCGGCUCGGCUCACGGCUGGGAUGUGCUCUUCUACAUCUUCAGCUUCCUUAAAGGAGUCACUCUCUUCACACUCAUCGUCCUAAUCGGGACCGGCUGGUCCUUCUUGAAGCCGUUCUUGGCGGAUAAGGAGAAGAAGGUUCUGAUGAUCGUGAUUCCGCUUCAGGUGGUUGCCAACAUUGCGCAGGUCGUGAUCGACGAGACCGGCCCCUUCGGCCACGACUGGGUGACUUGGAAGCAGGUUUUCCUGCUUGUGGAUGUGGUGUGCUGCUGCGCCGUGUUGUUCCCGAUUGUGUGGUCUAUCAAGAACUUGCGCGAGGCUGCGAGGACCGAUGGGAAGGCGGCGGUGAACUUGAUGAAGCUGACGCUGUUCAGGCAGUACUACAUUGUGGUUAUAUGCUACAUUUACUUUACUAGGGUUGUGGUGUAUGCGUUGGAGACUAUUACUUCGUAUCGGUACCUUUGGACCAGUGUGGUGGCUGCCGAGUUGGCUACGCUGGCGUUUUAUGUGUUUACUGGGUACAAGUUUAAGCCGGAGGCGCACAAUCCUUACUUUGUGCUUGAUGAUGAGGAGGAAGAGGCUGCAGCUGAGCAGCUGAAGCUUGAGGAUGAGUUCGAGUUGUGAUUUAGAGUAGAGAAGAUGAUCCGAAGUAUGAGGUAGAGUUUUCGACAGUUACUGUGUUUUUUGUUGAUGUUACCUUCUGUUUAUGUUAUAAGUUGAGCUACUAGGAUAUUAUCACACCCUAUAAAUUCUUCUGUGAAUUUGAUAUUACGUGUAAGUACUGAAAGAUCAUAUUCGUACAUUAAUUUUGGAAGAAAUGAUGGUCCGUUGAUUUUACCCAAUUUGGUUCAUGUGAA